AUGUCUAAGAGUCUUCAAGGAAUGGAGCCUGAAGAAAUAUUAAACAACUUCAUAUUCAAGAGCACGGUAAGGAUGUCUAUACUCAGCAGAGAAAUAAACAAACUGCGAAGUACCGAUGCACACAGAGAAAAAGAGUAUAACGAUCUGUGCAUAGCCAUUUUAAAGCAUGCAGACGAUACAAGAGUCAUUUUGCACACAAUAGAGAACCUCAGCAUCCCAGUGGAGGAAAAGAUCUCUCUGCGAGAGUCGGUGAAAAUGAUUAAUUUAGAGAGUGUAAUUUACAGCAUGGGGCACGCCCUUAUUGAAAUGAAGGGGCUGCACUCUGUGUCCAGGAUAAAUACGUGUUUUGUUCGGCGGACAAAAAAGUUUUGGAUUGACUUAGAUAACAUUGAAACAGUGUUUGGCAUGAUCAUUCCCCAUCUUCCCGUGUACAUUUUUGGGGACGAUGGGAGCGGAAAGAUCUCGUCCUUCAUUUCCAGCGUGUACUUCGACACCAAUCAGUUCUACUUGUAUGAUAAAAGAAUUAGGAGAGACCAGGGCGCCAAAUCCCUUAGAAUUAGAAGCUACGGCGAGUCGUCAAUCAUAUCCUAUGUGGAGCUGAAAACGCACGAAGAUGGGUGGACAGGCGAGAGAAGCACUAAGAAAAGAUUUCUGGUGCACACUAAACUGAUUCCCGAACUCUCCAGCGGAGUUGACAUCUGGGAAGAGAUUAAAACAAUUAACUCGGACGCAGAGGCAUUUAAUCUAUAUCAGGAGGUGAUUGAUCUAAUAAGAGAUUUGUCGCUAAAGCCCGUUGUCAAGACCGUGUACAGCAGAACUGCCUUCCAGUUUCCCGAAGACUCUUCCAUCCGAAUAUCUCUGGACACGAAAUUGGCCAUGUGGAAUGGAGAAUGCGGCAAAUCUUUUCCGUACGCUAUUUUAGAAGUUAAGCUAGAAGAGGGAAACGAGAAAGACUGGAUCCUAGAGCUAAUGAACAGCCCGCUAGUAAUGCCUGUAGAUAAAUUUUCAAAAUAUUUGCAUGGGUGCUCAGUCCACUACGACACAGUCCCCUCCAUUCCCUACUGGUACAACCAAAUAAUUGUCCCCAUUAAAAGACAAAUUGAUCUGGAGCACAGCCCUACUGCAAUUCCAAAGCUUUCCCAUUUAGAAGACGAAAUAACGGAGAUAAUCCAAGGGAUGAAAGACCACAAAACAGUUCCCCAGGCAGAGCAUGUAUACCAAUGUACCAAUACUUCAGCAGAGCAAGGGAGCUCAAGCAGCUCAAGCGGAGAUUUUAUAUACGAAACAGAUCCGAGACAGGGCGCAGACUCCCAAAGAGAGCACCCCACCUUUGAUUGCGCAGAACAACAAACAGCACAGAAUCCAAACAGAGGGCAGAAUGAAAUACAAAACCUAAAUAUAAACAGAGAAAAAACAAUGAAGCCAGAAGAAAAUAACUCGCAGGAAAGCUUCUUCCAGCCCACAGCGCUAAAACAGACCACAGGACAGGCCAUCCCGUACGCAGCUUCCGAUAAGCCCAUUGCUGUCCCCGUGCGCAUUGAGCCAAAAGUUUUUUUUGCAAACGAAAGAACCUUUCUCUCGUGGCUGCACUUUGCCAUUUUUAUCGGGGGGAUAGGAGCUGCUCUGAUGGGGCUGGGGGAUGUCCAGGCCGCGCUCUCUGGGGUGUGCUUCGUGAUAGUUUCCAUCAUAUUCUCGAUAUAUGCCUUAUAUUUAUACAUCUGGAGAACAAAAAAAAUCAAGGAAAAAAACGCAGGCCCGUACGACGAUGUCCAGGGCCCCAUCAUUCUUGUCGCCGUAUUCCUGUCCGCCAUGGUCACUUCUGUCUUUUUUAAGUUUCCGCUGAAAUGA